AUGGAGAGAGCGAAGGCAGCCGUCUCCGAAUUUGUCGGUCGUCAUGGCCACCACGAUACCACCGUUGACGAGAGACAGCGACCCGCCGUCAAACAUGAAGAAAUUAAACCUAUCCGACAUGAAGAAGUUCAGACAGCCAUCAAGCGUGAGGUUGACCAGGAUCACUACCAUACCACUGUGCAGCCCAUCAAGGAUCGGGAAGUCCUCCCGGAGAAGCACAGUCACCAGAUGGCAGGUGUACAAUCCAAGGAGUUCGAACACGCAAAACCUCAAGAUGUGAAGGCACGCCUCGACGCCGAAGCGGCGCAGUUCAGAGACACCUCAACCACACAUAGUACCAAGACCACUCAAGCUGUUGCUCCAACCGUUGAGGCUGAAAUUGUUCACCACCAUGUUCACGAGACAGUCCAGCCCGUGAUUGAGAAAGAGAUUAUCGCUCCGUCUGUUGUACACACUACUGUCCCAGUCCACGAACGCCAUCACGCAGCUCCAGAGUACCACGGCACAUCUGUCCUCCCCCCCAAGACUAUGUCAGACUUCAAGGCUACUGGUCAAGGUCUGACUGGCGGCACUGGAGUCAUGAACCAAGAUCAGUAUGAGGGUUGCCCGCGUCCGUACAAUCCUGAGAUGCAACUGGGCAAAACUGAGGCCGAUGCUGACCCGCAUCUUGGUCUGCGCGCUGAUGGUACUCACCAUGGCUCCCACACACAUGGUCCGCAUGCUUCGGAUGCUGCAAACAAACUCGACCCUCGCGUCGAUAGUGAUAGAUCAGGUGGUACCCACGCCGGUGAGUCCACCGGCAUUCUCGUUGAUGACCAUCUGGGAGGGACUGGAGCACCAGGAUCUCAUUCUGCUGCCUUCGGUCUCACCCCUUCAGUGCAUGGAAUUAACAACUCUUCAGGUGCCGGUGAUCGUCUUGGACUAGGCCAUAGCGGUGAGCACGGUGAUCACAGGAUCAAUAGCGGUACAGGUCGAGUUGGUGGCACUGAUACGACACCUGGCCAUACAUCAUCUCACGACACCAGCCACAAGAAGCCAAGCCUGUUGGACAAAUUGAAUCCAAAGAAGGACGCUGACGGUGAUGGGAAGCCAGGUUUCAUGAAAUAG